AUGCAUAGUAUGACCAUUUCCUUUCUUUUGUUCCCUCCAUUGAGAUAAAAGGAUUCUUCCUGCCUUGUCUUUCCAAAAUUUCAAAACAAAAGUUGUUUUAUGUGAUAUUUGCUUGAUCCCAGAAGAAAAGCAUAUCUAAUUCAAAAUCUGAUGACCAGGUAUGUUUGUGUUUUAAUCAUUUUGAUCACUUUUGGAACACGAGUUCACAUGUUUUAAUAAAUUUAUGGGUUAUGCCAGUGGCUUUAUAGCUUCCCAGCGGAAAUCAACUCUAGCAACUGGAGCUCAUUGUUCAAAUGAUGAAAACUUGCUUGAAUGCUCUCCUUCAUUUUGUGAUUUAGAGAAACAAGUUUUUGGAUGUGAACAUUACAAGAGAAAUUGCAAACUCCGAGCUGCUUGUUGUGGCAAGUUAUUUACAUGCAGAUUUUUCCAUGACAAAGUCAGCGACCAUUCAAUGGAUCGGAAGGCUACAACUGAAAUGAUGUGUAUGCAGUGCUUGCAAAUUCAGCCUGUUGGACCAGUAUGCAAAACGCCUUCCUGCAAGGAGUUCUCAAUGGCAAAGUAUUAUUGUAGUAUUUGCAAAUUUUUUGAUGAUGAAAGGUGCAAGGGAAAGAUCGGCUAUACGUUCAAUUUGUUGCAGAGCAGCUGGGCCUGGAUGGUUCAUAUGUUCCUCGUACUUAUAUUGAACAGAUUCAGCUGGAGAAACUUGUAAAUGAUGUUAUGGCACUGCCAGAUGAUUUAAAGACAAAACUCAGCAUAGAUGAUGAUUUUGCUGCAAGCCCUAAAGAAGCUCUUUCCCGAGCAUCAGCAGAUAGAAGAAUGAAGCAUCUCGGCCGAGGUGUGUCACAAUCAUAUUCAAAUCAGAGAGACAAGACUAUGGCCAAGCUAACUAAACUGGCUGUUAACCACAGAAGAUUUGAUGGAAGGGCCCUAGAUUCACCUGCACCACUUUCAAACCAGGGAAUUAUAACUCAACUUUCUGAACAAAUUUCUACUCUAAACGAAAGGAUGGAUGAAUUUACAUCUCGCAUUGAAGAAUUGAACUCCAAAUUCUCUGUCCGGAAAGUCUCAGCCAGCCAACAAAACUUGGCUAUGCAGGCUGAAACCUGCAAUGGUUCGGGACCCACUUCUCUUUUUGUCACCAGAUUAAGUAAUGGUUCUUUGACUGGUUCGCUCUUGCCCAAAUCUUCAUCUUCUUCUCAAUUGGCUAAGGAGUCCCCACUGAUGGAAGAGUGUGGUAGAAAGAAUACAUAUACACUUGGUGAAAUUAAUGAAACUCGAAAUGAAUGGGCAGCCAAGCUUCUUGAGCGGAUGAGUCAUAGUUAGAGUAACUUUUGAAAUCAGAAUUAAAAAAUAUACUAAUUGUAGUAUUUAGUUAGUACUUACAUAGUUAUUCCAAGUGUAUAUUUUGAUAUUGUAAUUUUAGAUUUGGAACACACUGAGUUCUAUUGAUUUUUUCUGCC